UUCAAUCAGUCACCUUGAGGGAAUGACUGAGAGCCAGUGUUUGCUCCGUCCAGAGCUCCCUGCCUUUGCUCUCUAAGAGGCAUACUCUCCCUCCCGAAGCAAUGUAUUUUUUUCCUCUGGGUGGGUGAAGAAAACAAAUACACAGAUGCCCUUCCUGCCUUCCCCGCCCCAGAAACCUUUCUAGGAAGUUUGCUUGGCUUAAGAAAGUGCAGGGUGUUCACCACUGCCAGUGAGUAUGGUGGUGGGCUGCACUAGGAAGGAUGGAUUUUGCCCUUGUGCCUCUGUAGAAUUGCAGCAGGAUUAUGGCUCAUGCUCUUAUCUGAACUUUCACCACCUGGUAUAUGCUGUUGGGAUAUCCAUAACAGAUCGCCCAGGAAUGGUGGAUCACUUGCUGCCUACUGAUGAAUCCUUUUUAUCUACAAGAUCUUCUCUUGGAUACUUUGGGGACAUGACAGCAGGGGUGAGGUCCUACCAAAUGAUGCCCUCUCCCUUGUCAGAAGAUGACAGUGACUCGUCCAGCUUCUGUUCUUGUUCGAGCCCUGACUCACAGGUUCUCAGCUCCAGCUAUGGAAGCACGUCCAGUGCAGAAAGUCAGGACAGUAUCUUAGACUACUUAUUGUCCCAGGCAUCUUUGGGGAACACCGCUGCAUCAUGGUGGGACAAAAGAAGGCUUCAGCCCAUAGUGAAAGAGGAGUACUUUAGGAUGCCUGAAUUUGCUGUGGAUGUGGAAGAUUCUGGACCAUUUCAGCCCACGCUUGAGGAAAUUGAGGAGUUUCUGGAGGAGAACAUGGAGUUGGAGCUCAAAGAAAGACCUAAAAGUGAGACCAAGGACUUGAGAGCUUGCAGCCAAGUUUCUGUUGCUUCGCUACAGCAAAAAGACCAUAUGUUACCCAGCACUAGUUUAAAAGAGAGUAAAAAUGAACCGUUGAGCAACUCAACAGAAGGUGGCCAAGCUUCAAAUGGAGGAAUGUCUGUGGAGAAUGGGAUACCGGUUAUGCUCCAAAUUCAGCCUGUACAGGUCAAACAGGAAUCCAAUACAAGCCCUAGUUCCCAAGGACCAGCACAAGAGAACAUUAAAAUUGCACAGCUCCUAGUCAACAUCCAAGGACAGACAUUUGCCCUUGUGCCUCAGAUAGUUCAGUCGUCCAAUUUGAACUUGUCCUCUAAAUUUGUCCGCAUUGCUCCCGUCCCCAUCGCCGCCAAGCCAAUUGGGCCAGGAGGCAUGAUUCAGGGUGAGACAGGAAUCAUCGUGGGCCAGAAAUUUCAAAAGAACCCUGCAGCAGAACUCAUUAAAAUGCACAAAUGUUCUUUUCCUGGUUGUACCAAGAUGUACACGAAGAGCAGCCAUUUGAAAGCCCACCUGAGGAGGCACACGGGAGAAAAGCCUUUUGCAUGCACGUGGCCGGGUUGUGGAUGGAGAUUCUCCAGGUCAGAUGAGCUGUCCCGGCACAGGCGCUCCCACUCGGGGGUAAAACCCUAUCAAUGUCCUGUCUGUGAGAAGAAGUUUGCUCGAAGUGACCACUUGUCCAAACAUGUCAAGGUGCAUCGGUUCCCACGAAGCAACCGCUCCAUCCGCUCCGUGAACUGAUUGGUCCCACUUUCCCCUUCCCACCCAGCCAUCCUACAGCAGCUGAUGACAGCACUUUGCUCACUAUAUUUCUAGUGAUAAUUUAUUUGUCUCUACAGAACAGUCAAUGCUGUUACUUGAUACCACCAAGUCUGAGUGUCCCAUGUCCUUUAAAGAUGAUUUGAGAAUGAUGUUCUUUUUGGGUCAAGGGAGGGGGAGUGCUUCUUCCUUUUUGUCUCUCCUUUUUUUUUUUUUAAGGAUGUUAUUUUCUUUUCCUUCUAUCUUUCCUUCCUUUGCUGUUGCUUCUUUUGGAAAUUACAGUGUUUUAUUUUUAGCUGUUUUCUGCUGCACAGGAAAAUGUAAGAGUUGCUUGCUGCUAGUUAAUUAUAGCCCUGGCAUUCCUCAGGGCUUUGCUCAUGUACAGGCCAUUCAUUGUGAGUUUUUAUUAAGCUGCUCUAUUUGUCCAGUUUGGAAACAGCAAAUUCCUUUUGAAAUGAAAACAACUCCUUUGUUUUUGGGUCGCCUGAGCCAAGGAUUUGUAGGGACUGGCCAUAGGAGGAGGAAGAGUGGGAGUUGGGGACAGGGGGAGGCAAGGCAUGGAGAGUGCUGGAAUGCGCCUCUAUGCCUCUCUGACUUCUCCAGCUCGUAUUUACCUUUUCCUUGGCUAGAGCUAUAUAUAAAUAUUUAUGUAUAUAUAUUCAUACAUACAUACACAUAUAUAUUUUUAAGCAAAGGCAUAUCCCAAGCAAACCUGGAAGCUCAGGCUGGAUGAAACGGCUUGGAGUGGAGCCUUUUGGUGUGGCUGAGCACGUACUGUGUGCUUGCUUCUCCUGUCCUGUGCUGCCAUGAGGGAGAAAGGAUGCCCUUGUGUUGAAGGAAAUACCACUUUCCUUUGACCCCUGUUUGCAGCAUCCCCUGUCUUUAGCUGCAGAGCUGUUGUCUAGCGUGUAAAGCAGCAGGAAGCCAUUCGUGAGAAUGGCUGAGCUCUGUUCCCGUCUCUGCUCCUGUUGUCUUGUGUGAUCUUGGAGGAGAAACCAGAGCACCAGCCGUGGAGGUGCCCGGUGGUCCUGGUGAGCACUGGGCAUUCCAAGCAUACACUGCGAGUCAAUGCCUCGCUGGCUGGAGCCGAGUCUCCAUUUGUCUGCUGGCCAGCAGAGUCUUGUAGGAUGUGCCUGUCCCCACGGGAGGGUGAGAGGUGUUAUAGCCUGGUGGGACCGCACCGUGAGAUCUUCUGUCCAAGGGUGAUCUUCAGUGGUAAUCCUCUCCUUACCGACAGCCAUGUCAGAGCUCCAUGCAGCUGGGGUGGGCGAAUGGGUGAGAACAGUAGCCAAAAGAAACAAAUUUGUAUGGUAGCUGGCUAAGAAGGGAAUUUAAACAAAUAAUCAAAUUA